CUGCUGCUGCUGCUGACUCGCCGCCGCCGCACCGGCCAUUUCCCGCCGGCCCGGCCCGUAGCGGAGCCCGGUAGAGACCAUGCCUCCGAAAUUCAAGAGGCACCUGAACGACGACGAGGUGACGGGCUCGGUGAAGAGCGAGCGGAGGAACCUGUUGGAGGAAGAUUCAGAUGAAGAGGAAGACUUUUUCUUGAGAGGGCCGUUGGGACCCAGGAAUGACAAGAUCAGGCAUGUCCAGAACCAGGUGGAUGAAGUCAUCGACGUUAUGCAGGAGAACAUCACGAAGGUGAUUGAAAGAGGCGAGCGGCUGGAUGACCUGCAGGAUAAAUCAGAAAGUUUAUCAGACAACGCAACAGCUUUUAGCAACAGAGCCAAGCAGCUUCGGAGGCAGAUGUGGUGGCGAGGCUGCAAGAUGAAGGCGAUUAUAGUGCUGGUGGCGGUUGUUCUCCUGCUCGUGAUUAUCGUACCCAUAGUCCUGAAGUACCAUACCUGACGGGGCAGCUGGAGGCUUCAGUGGAGCUGGCUCUGGGAUAACCAAACUGCUG